AUCAUGAAUUUUUGUGUAUUUUGGUUGGUGAAAAUGCACCUUAAUUUUUAGGCAUAACCUUGAUUCUUGAACAGAAGUUCACGUCAAGUGUCCACCAGGUACAUAUGUAAAUAUACACAUAAAUCUGGACAACACGUUUGAACCAGUUUAAACACGUUGAACUCGUUGAACUCCACAUGUUUUUUCAUAACACGAGUUCAUAUUCGAGUUAAAAAUUAUAAUAAUAAUUCAUCAAAACAAUUGACAUUACAACAAUCCAAUAACUUGGCUCUUAAAUCAGCUGAUAAAAAAAAUUAGCUCAUUAAUAUGACUUCUACAAUUGUCGAAGGACAAUUCAGCGAUGCAGAAGAGGAUGGAAAAACUGUCAUUAUAUCACCUGAAAAAACUAAAGAUCCAAUAAUUUUGGAUAACAUUGAAAAUCUUAAAAUAACAGAUGAUGAUAAUGAUGAUGAUGAUGAUUAUAUUGAAGAUGAUUUUAUUGAUGAUAGUGAUGAUGAUUGGGAUGCUGAUAAUUAUGAUGGUUUAAAUAAACCAGUACUUCGUCAAUGUAAUAGUCAAUCAGCCAAUACACAAAAAAUAUCAGAUAACGUUACAAAUUAUCAACCAAAAGAUAAAUUAUUUAAACGUUUUUCAAAUAAAAUAAAGAUGGAAAAAUAUGAAGGACCAGCAUCAUUGCCACAUAGUGCUGCAAAUAAACUUAUUGAAACAAAUAAACGUAGUGAAAAAGAUCGUAUACGUACAAAAGAUAAACAUGAUCGUGCAACAGUUGAACAAGUUAUGGAUCCACGUACAAGAAUGAUAUUAUUUAAAUUGUUAAAUAAAGGUACUAUUAAUGAAAUAAAUGGAUGUUUAUCAACUGGUAAAGAAGCAAAUGUAUAUCAUGCAACAUCAAAAACAAAUGAAGAAUUUGCAAUUAAAAUAUAUAAAACAUCAAUUCUUCAUUUUAAAGAUCGCGAUAAAUAUGUUAGUGGUGAAUUUCGUUUUAGACAUGGUUAUUGUCGUCAUAAUCCAAGAAAAAUGGUUAGAACAUGGGCUGAAAAAGAAUUGAGAAAUUUAAAUAGAAUAAGGCAAGCAUCAAUACCAUCACCAAAAGCAAUUUAUUUAUAUAGUCAUGUAUUACUUAUGGAGUUUAUUGGUUCAAAUGGUUGGCCAGCUCCAAAGCUAAAAGAUGUUGUUCUAACACCAUCAAAAUUACGAAAAGUAUAUAGAGAAUGUGUUGAGAUUAUGUGGAGAUUAUAUAAUAAAUCAAAACUUGUACAUGCUGAUUUAAGUGAAUAUAAUCUUCUUUAUCAUAAUGAUAAUGUUGUUGUUAUUGAUGUAUCACAAGCUGUUGAACAUGAUCAUCCAAUGGCAUUUGAAUUUUUAAGAAAAGAUUGUACAAAUAUUACAGAAUUUUUCAAAAAAAAUCAAGUUGCUGUUAUGAGUGUUAAAGAUUUAUUUACAUUUGUUACUGAUCCAACAAUAACUGAAGAUAAUAUGGAUGCAUAUUUAAAUGAUAUAUCUGAUAAACUUAUUUCAAAUGAUGAUAAAAAAGAUGCUAAUGAAGAAAUUGAAGAACAAGUUUUUAUACAAUCAUAUAUUCCUCAAAAUCUUCAUCAAGUUCGAGAUAUUGAUCGUAAAUUGGAUAGAUCAGGAAUACAAAAUUUACUUUGUAAAACACUUGUUGAUCUUCCAGCCAGUCUAGCUGAAGCCAAAAAAUCAGAUGAAUUAAAAAAUACAGAUAAAACAGAUGCUUUAGACUGUGCAGAAAAUUCAGCUGAUGAUGAAUCCAAUACAGAUGGUGAUGAUGAUGAUGAUGAAGAUGAAGACAGCUCAGAAGAACCAUCAAAAUUUGUCAACUCAGCAAGACCUGUAAAUGAAACUGCUGAAGAUAAAAAAGCACGUAAAAAACUUGUUAAAGAACAACAAGCUGAAAAACGUAAAACAAAAAUUAAAAAACAUAUCAAGAAAAAAGCAUUGAAAAAAAAAUAAAUUUACAAUUAUUAUUUGUAAUUUUUAAUAUUAUAAUGCCAUAAUAAAAAAAAUAAUAUAAUAAUAAUAACAUUAAUAACAAU